AGGUAUCAUUUUUUAAAACACUUUGUUUUGUUUACGGAGUAUAGUUUCUUUAUCAAUAUGCAAUAUCUGGAUCUGUUGGUCCUAACCUGGAGUCGGUCUUGUAGAAAUUGAACCGCUUCUGAUUAUCUGCACUCCCCAUUUUGUGGGUUUCUUCAGUCUUUAAUCAUAGAAGAAAAAGGAGCUGAUCGAUGGCCACGGUUGAUGUGAUCAAAUGCUGUCAUGAUUCCAUCCGACAAGCCUCGGAGAAUAUUAAAGAUGCAAUUGUGUAUUUGGAUGCUGGAAGUGCUGAGAGCUUCCAGUUUCUUGGCGCAUUUCCCUUGCUUUUGGAGCUAGGGGCACGAGCUAUUUGUAGCUUGGAGAGCAUGUCGGUUGUUGAUAAGGUUGUUGACUGGAACACCUGUUCUGAUCCUGCCACUAAGAUUGUGGUCAUCACGUCGCGUCUUCUGAGUGAUGCACAUCGCUAUGUUUUACGUUGCUUGAGCACGCUUCAAAAUGUUGGCUGCUGUGCAGUAUAUACUUCCAUCUCAGAGGUAGCUCACUCAGCAUAUCCUGAUUCUCCUCUCGGCCCAGAUGCUUUCCGUGAAUAUGAAUCUCUACUCAACCAAGAUUAUGAGGAGCUUGUUAAGAAACACGAAAGACCUCGCACUGUUCCCGACGACAGUGGACUUAAGGAAGGUACUGCAUCUGAAGCGGAAGGUUGGUCAGAACUAACUGAGAUUGAUGAUCAUAGUUCCAUAGAUUAUGGCAUUUCAAAUGCAAAACUUCGAGGGGAAGAUUACUUCAGUGGGUACCCGGAGGACGUUGGACAAAAAUUGGUGGUCUCGGUGCACCACUUUCCUCUGAUUUUGUGUCCUUUGUCACCCAGAGUCUUUGUCUUACCUUCAGAAGGAUCUACUGCUGAAGCUAGCUUAUCUACUGAGCAUGAGAGUUCGAUAAGCUUUGGUUUGCCUCCAUUAAGUACAGGGAAGCUUGCUGACACUGAGGAUGUCAGUCCUGGGGCAAAUCUUACAGCUCAAUUUCUCUAUCAUUUGGCUUCAAAGAUGGAUCUGAAACUUGAAAUAUUUUCUCUGGGUGAUUUGUCCAAAAAUGUAGGGAAGCUUAUGACAGAUAUGUCAAGUCUCUAUGAUGUUGGUCGGCGUAAACGAUCAGCAGGGCUACUGCUCAUUGACCGUACACUUGAUCUUCUUACUCCAUGCUGUCAUGGAGACUCACUUGUGGAUCGGAUGUUUUCAUCUCUGCCUCGUAUGCAACCGAUAUCAUCCUUAAGCCAGUCGAAAGGUUCCCAAAGCCAACUCAAAAUUGCCCCUCUCAAAGUUGAGCGUGCUCGUCUUUCUGUACAGAUUCCACUUGAGAAAUAUAUUGUUGAAGAAGAUACUGAAUGUAAUUUUCAGCUAUUGGAAAAUAUCGAAGCAUUUUUGAGUGGGUGGAAUACUUUCAAAUCAGAUGCUCCGAGUGUUGACUUCAUGAGGUUCAGAAAGAAACUGAAUGAUGAAAGUUGCUUUCAACGUACUGAGAGUAAACUUCUGCAUGGGUCGUUUGUCUCGACUGAUAACUUCCGUGGAGCACCAUACCUAGAAGCGAUACUUGACAGGAGGACGAAAGAUGGGGCAAUGCUGAUCAAGAAAUGGCUUCAAGAAUGUCUACGUCAGGAGAAUAUAACAUCUAAUGUGAAAACCCGCCCUGGUUUAGCUUCUAAAUCGGAGUUACAGUCUUUGCUUAGAUCACUAGCCAAAAGGCAGUCCUCGUUGGUAAAAAACAAAGGGAUUAUUCAGUUAGCAGCUGCCACGGUGCAUGCGUUAGAUGAAUCGCACUCUGCUAGUUGGGAUGCAUUCAGUAGUGCUGAGAAGAUUUUGCACGUGAAUGCUGCGGAUACGAGCCAAAGCCUUGCUGCUCAAAUCAGUGACCUCAUAAAUAAGACUGUUCUAGCGGCUUCUCAGGGGCAAAAGCACAAUGCAACGGGUAAAUCGCAGGGCUUAUUCACUCUCGAAGACGCACUGCUCCUGACUGUGAUCGGGUAUAUAUUAGCCGGCGAGAAUUUCCCAACCUCGGGUUCCGGUGGUCCAUUUUCAUGGCAAGAGGAGCAUUUCAUGAAAGAAGCUAUCGUGGAUGCCAUUCUUGAGAACCCCACCGCAUCGCGCCUAAAGUUUUUCCAUGGUUUGUCGGAAGAUCUUGAAGGCAAAAUUAAAUCUAAUGAGAAGAAGGAAGAUCCCAGUGGCCACUCGGAUGGUUUGGAUUUUGACGACGAUCAGUGGGAUAGUUGGGGCGAUGAGGACGCCGAUAAAGACACGAGCAAAGAUGGAGCGUAUGGUGACAUGCAGCUAAAGCUAGAGCUUCGGGACAGAGUGGAUAAUCUUUUCAAGUUUCUUCACAAAUUGUCCGGCAUGAAAGGACAUUCAUCACUGAGGGAAGGGAUGUCGGCUCUGGAUAGCAGACGCAACGAUGAUCCUUCUUCGACUAAGGGAUUGCUCCAUAAAAUCCUCACAAAUGUCUUAGACCACAAUGAAAUACCUGGGAUGGAGUAUCAUUCAUCUACCGUGGGACGCCUUUUCAAAAGUGGAUUCGGAAGAUUUGGCCUCGGACAGGCUAAACCUAGUCUUUCGGAGCAUAACGUUAUCCUGAUUUUUGUAAUUGGAGGCAUAAACGCAGUGGAGGUGAGGGAAGUGCAGGAGGCGGUAGCCCGGAGCAGCAGGCCCGACAUCGAGGUAUUACUGGGAGGAACUACUUUUCUUACCCCAGAUGACAUGCGUGAAUUGCUUUUUGGUGACUAUUCUCAUAUCUAAAGGCAACUUUUACAUUUAAUUUUGCUCUGGGAAUUGCAGGUUUUCCUACUGCUUUCCUAUUUCAUUUUCUAGGCACAAAUGCAUCAAACUAAUGUAAAAAGUGAAAAAUGUAAUGUAACAGAGUAACAGUGAAUAUUACGAGAUUGUCACUCUCAAUGUUCAACGAUGAUAAUUUUCUUUGAUUCUCUUA